GCUCCUCCCCACACAAUGUCAGAUGCCGGAGCAGCACCAGCCAGCCAGGCCUAUCGCUUUGUGGCGUGAAUAUCUGAUUAGUUGGCAACGCAAGCUGAGCGACGAAGCACCGCCUCGCCUCGCCUCGUCUCGUUUAGGAGUACUUGAAUACAUAGAAAAUGUCAUCGGCAGUAGGAGGGCAAUCGGAUGUUGUGGAGGAGCUGUACAACUUCAUCUAUCCACUGGCCGUUAAGGCGGGUGAGAUUCUGAUGGAGGGCUACGAGCGUACCAGCAAGAAUGUCUCCAUUAAGGGAGACUUUUACGAUGUGGUCACCGACUACGAUAACAAAAUCGAAGAUUUUCUGAUGGAGCAGAUACUGGCCAGCUAUCCGGACCACAAGUUCAUUGGCGAGGAGGAAACGGCAAAGAACAAUAAUGUGUCCAAGGAGCUGACAGAUGCCCCCACCUGGAUCAUAGAUCCCAUCGACGGCACAUCGAAUUUCAUUAAACAAAUUCCCCAUGUCUGUGUCUCCAUUGGUUUGUCCAUCAACAAACGGAUCGUGCUGGGUGUCAUUAACAAUCCUGCCCAGAAGAAGAUCUUCACAACGAAGCUGGGACAGGGCGCCUUCUGCAAUGGCAAGCCCAUCCGUGUGAGCAGCUGCGAGAGCAUCAAGGAUGCCAAUGUCGCCUAUGAAGUGUCCCUGCUGCAUGUCCACUCGGUGGCCAACAAGCAUAUCAAACGGAUCUACCACGUGGGACUGAAUGCCAGACGCUUGCUGGCCUACUCCUGUGUGGUGGAUGAGCUGUGCAUGGUGGCCGCUGGUAAUCUGGAUGCAUUCUACAUUGAGGACAUGUAUCCCUGGGACUGUGCUGCUGGUUCCCUGCUAGUGAGUGAGGCUGGGGGCGUGGUCACGCAUCCCUUUGGCGGACCUUUCGAUAUCAUGAAGCCCGAUCUUAUCUGUGCGGGCACAGAGACGUUGCGCAAGGAAAUCGAAGAUCUGUUGCGCAAGGCCGACCGGGAGGAGUCUGUGGGGGGUGUGGCAGUUAAAAAGUAAUUUAAGCAUCACACAUUCCACAAUAAA